AUGGAGAAAGGGUGUUUGUUGUGGGGAAACAGAGUGAUUAUUCCUCUAAAAUUGCAAUCCACUGUUCUAGGAGAGCUACAUGAAGGGAAUCUCGGGAUCAGUCGGAUGAAAGCACUCGCACGCAGCUUUAUAUGGUGGCCGAGACUGGAUAAAGAUAUUGAAGAUUUGGUCAGAAUCAGAUCCUGUCCCGAAUGUCAGAGUUGUAGAAAUCUUCCAGGCCACACAGUUCCACAUCCUUGGAUUUUUCCAGAAGGACGUUGGAGGAGGAUACAUGCAGAUUUCGCAGAGUGGAAAGGGAAACAAUAUCUACUGUUGAUUGAUGCCUAUUCCAAAUGGCCAGAAAUUCACGAACUGGGAACACAUGCUACUGCUACGCAGACUGUGGAAGCCAUAAGGAGAACAUUCAGUUUCCGUGGUAUUCCUCACAAGCCGGUCACGGAUAACGGACCUCAGUUCGUUGCUCACCAGUUUGAAGAGUUCAUCAGGGCCAAUGGUAUUAGACACCAACGUACACCUCCCUACCAUCCGGCGUCAAACGGUCAAGUGGAGAGAUUGGUGCAGGAACUGAAAAAGAGCUUUAAGACCAAGCCAGUAGGACGAUAUAUUAGUCACCAAAUCUCUUUGUUCUUACCGAAGUACAGAACUACACCUAACUGUACUGCCGGAAGGACACCCGCCGAGAUGUUAAUAAAGAGAGAGCUGAAGACAAAGUUGACACUCUUACGUCCUGAUGCGGGAGGAGAAGUGAGAGAUACUCAUAUGAUCAAUACCAGCAAGCCUCAGUAG